AUGUGCCCAUUAACUCUGUUCACUGCUUCCCUUUCCUCCGCCGCCGCACCUCCUGUUCACAUUUUCCGGACGGUGGGGAGAUGGCGUUAUUUGCGGUCGAUGCGCUUCUUUUCUACCUGUGUUGCAGUUUCCGACUCGUUCCCGGACACCCAGGACCCACCACCCCUUCUUCCACCUUCCGCCGACCAGCAGGUCUUCAUCUCCCUGCUAAUCUCCUGCAAAUCCGUCGCCCAAGUAAGGCAGGUUCAUGGUCAAGUGGCUGUUACGGGCAUGACCCAGAACGCAGCCGUCGCGAACAAACUCCUCUACACUUACUCACAGUUUAAGUUCAUGGCCGAUGCCCGUGUUCUCUUUGAUCGAAUGGAGAAAAGGGAUUGUGUUUCUUGGAGUGUGAUGAUCGGUGGGUUUGCCAAGAUUGGCGAUUACUGGAAUUGCUUGUUGGUUUUCCGGGAGUUGGUUCGUUCGGGCUUUCGUCUUGAUAAUUACAGUGCGCCCUUUGCCCUCAGGGCGUGCAGGGAUUUGAUCGGUGUGAAAGUUGGUAGAGAGAUUCAUACUAUGAUUUUCAAGUUUGGGUUGCGAUCGGAUUUGUUCGUGACGGCUGCUCUCGUUGACAUGUACGCUAAGUGCGGGGUUUUGGAGGAAGCACGACAGUUGUUUGAUAAAAUGAGUAAGAGAGACUUGGUUUCCUGGACGGUAAUGAUUGCUGCUUAUGCGGACAGUGGUCUUCCCAGUGAAUCUUUGGCCUUAUUUGAUAGGAUGAAGAAGGAAGGAGUAGUUCCUGAUAAAGUUACCAUGGUAACAGUCGUUUUUGCAUGUGCAAAGUUGGGCGCGAUGCAUGAAGCAGUUGCAGUACAUGAAUAUAUAACUAGGAGAGGGUUUUCCUUGGAUGUGAUCUUGGGCACUGCAUUGAUUGGCAUGUAUGCGAAAUGUGGGUGCAUAGGUGUUGCAAGGAAGAUGUUUGAUGAGAUGCCACAGAGGAAUGUUAUUUCUUGGAGUGCAAUGAUUUCAGCUUACGGGGUUCAUGGUCAUGCAGGCCUUGUUGACGAGGGUCAUCGAUUUUUUAACUGUGUGAUGCCUGAAUACGGCGUAGAACCUGAUGUGAAGCACUAUACUUGCAUGGUUGAUCUUCUUGGGAGAGCUGGACGACUUGAUGAAGCAUACAAUUUGAUCAAUGGCAUGAAAAUAACAGCAGAUGAAGGACUUUGGGGAGCCAUGUUAGGAGCGUGUAGGAUCCAUGGGAACGUUGACUUGGCUGAGGAAGCUGCUAAUCAGCUUCUUGAGCUACAGCCUAGAAAUCCUGGUUAUUAUGUUCUGCUGUCGAACAUAUAUGCAAAGGGUGGAAGAUGGGGAGAUGUAGCCAAGGUGAGGGAGAUGAUGACGAGCAAAAGUUUAAAGAAGACACCUGGAUGGACUUGGAUAGAAGUUGAUAACAAAACUCAUUAUUUCAGCAUCGGGGAUAACACUCAUCCUCAAUCUAAAGAAAUAUACGAAAUGCUUCACGUCCUAGCAAAAAAGAUGGAAAUAGCUGGAUAUGUUCCAGAUACAAAUUUUGUGUUGCACGAUGUCGACGAAGAGCUCAAGGUUGGCAUUUUGUACACCCAUAGUGAAAGGCUUGCAAUAUCAUUUGGACUCAUAAGUACUCCGCCAGGUACCACAAUUAGAAUAAUGAAGAACCUUAGAGUUUGUGGUGACUGUCACACGGCCACAAAAUUUAUUUCUAAGAUAACGGAGAGGGAAAUAAUUGUAAGGGAUGUAAAUAGAUUCCAUCAUUUCAAGGAUGGGUCAUGUUCAUGUGGGGAUUAUUGGUAAUUUAGUGAUUGUUUAUUUCCUGAGACGUUGCAGUCCGGAGCUCAUCUGACAAAAGUACUUUUAUUAUGAAUAAUGGCCGAAUCCCUAUAGAAAUGGGAUUCACUAAUGCUGUUCUUUCGCUGAAACAAUACGGAAGUUCUGUCAACUGGCUUGAUCGAUGAAGAGUCGUGAUGGUUCAAGUUUCCAUGGUAAAGGUUGCAGAAGUUGAUCAGUUCAGACAAGCAACGAUCGAGGUGAUUCAGCAUCAAGUUAUCUUAAUCUCACUGAAACAUUCGUUUCGAGAUGCUGCAGUUCAGCUGGGUUUUGGUUGGUCUCAAUUGACCUGGUUAACAUAUUCAGCAUGCCAGGCACAUCAGAUCUUGUGAACGUGAUGGAGAUGACGUUGUAAAGGGGACAUAUGAGGCAUUUGCAUGGAACAAAAGUUCAGUAGCUUUUCCUGUUUGAACACAUAGUUGUCACCUGCCAGAGACAAAGAUGAGAUUUUUUGUCUGUUUCCUGUACGAACUCAGGGUUGUCCCCAUUUCGGGUCGAAGUGGGAAGAAGAUAGCAGCUUCUUAGGCCUGGGAGCCUUGAGCAUGGAAGAAGCUAGGGGCUAGAGAGCUGCAAUAGAUAACAGCGAGGAGAAAAUGCAUGCUUGUAGCCAUUACACAGAUUCACAUAUGCUAGGCCUUAAUAUAAUGCAUCACACAUGGCAGCAACAGAGCCAGUUCCUCAAAGUGUCGAAUGUGGUCACCAGGUCUUCAGAUACUAGUAUGUCGAGUGCAACUUGAUGGUAAAUCCAGUUUGACAAAUAUCCAACAUGAUGUCAAUUUUAUUAUGUUGAACAACAAGAAUAUGCUCACCAAAUAUAUAUUCAGUUGUUGAACAUGAAAAUAAAAGAAAAUGGAGUCAUAAUCUUUGACC